UACCGACGCGUUAAAAUCUUGAUAAGGCGUCGGGGGAGUGAACAUCAUACCCGCUUUUUUUGAAUUUUUUUUGCUAGAAAAUGAAUUCUUCCAAAAUUUUAAAUUUAAAAAAUGAAAUUGAAGACGAAGAAGAAAAUGAUCUAGAAGAGGAUGAAGAUGUUGAGGAGGAAGAAUGGUCAUUAAAUGAUGAAAAAGAUUUUUUGAGAACUUUGGGUGCAUUAAAAUCUCGUGAUCCUGAAAUUUAUCAAACUGAAGUUAAAUUUUUUAAAGAGAAGGAAAAAGAUGAACAGGAGAAGAUAAAGAGUAAUGAAUCAUCCAAAAAUAAUUCAUCAAAAAAUUUACAACAAUCAAAAAUGACUUUAAAAGAAUAUGAACAAAAAUUAAUAAUUGAAAGAGGAGGUAAAUUAAGUGAAGAUGAGGAGGAGGAGGAAGAAGAAAAUGGAGAAAUUUAUAAGGAGGAAUUAACUAAUGGACUGAAUAAAAAUGAUUGGGAAUUGAAAAAUGAAUUUAAGAAGGCUUUAAUUUCUGAUGAUGAAAGUGACGAUGAUGGCGAUUUGUUAAAAAAGAGAAUAAAAACUGAGGAAGAAAAGGCAAAAGAAGAUGAAGAUUUUUAUGAAUGGAUUAAAGGGUCAAAUCAAAUGGAAAAAAAAUUAAAAGAAAGAUGGACAAAAAAUGACCAAGAAUUGGGUGAAGAUGAACGUUUUUUGAGAGAUUUUUUAUUAAAUAAAAAAUAUUUGGGAGACUCGAAGGAAGAGGAAAAAGGGAAAGAAGAAAGAAUUCCAACAUAUGAAGAAAUUAUUAAAGAUGAACAAGAAGAAGAUCUUGCUGACCAAUUUGAACAAAAAUAUAAUUUUAGAUUUGAGGAACCUGAUCAGGAAUUUUUAAAACAAUAUCCACGUACAAUAAAUGAAGCAUUAAGAAAAAAGGAAUCAAAAAGACAUAAAAAAUUGGAAGAAGAAAAAGAAGCUAAAAAACGUAAAAGAACGCAUAUUGAAAUGGUUGAAGUUCCUUUUCGUUAUAGACAAGUUGCUCCAAAUUCUUUUGGAUUGAGUACUGAUGAGAUUUUAAAUUCUGAUGAUCGUUGUUUAAAUGCAUGGGCACCUCUCUCAAAAAUUUGUCAAUAUCGUGAUGAUACUGAAGAACAAAGACAAAUUUUAUAUUUUGAAAGGAAAGCUAAAAAUAUUGAAAAGAAGAGAAAAAUUUUGGAAAAGAAAUUGAAGAGUGAAGAAAAAUCUGAGGAAAAACAAAAAGAGAAGGAAGAGGAGAAGAUGGAAGAGAAUGAUUUUAGGGAGGAUGAAGAAGAGGAGGAGUAUCAACAAAAUGGGGAGGAUGAAUGGGAGGAGUAUCAGCAAGAUGAAGAAGAGGAGUAUCAACAAAAUGAUGUUGAGGAUCAUUUUCUUGAUGCUGAGGAAGAUGAAGAAUCUUUUUCAAAUAUUCCGAGUACUUCAAAUAAUAAUGUUGGAAUUAAAUCGAAAACAACACUUAAAGGACAGUCUAUUGAACAAGGAGGAGUAAAACAAGAACCUAUGGAAUUAAAUCAAGAAAAAAUUGUUGAGAAAUUAAAUGAAGAACAACGAAAAAGCAAGAAAAGAAAAUUCAUGAUAAACAAAAAUUUAAAUAAAAAGAAGAAUAAAAAACAAUUUAAUGUAACAGAAUUAAAUAAAGAAAGACUUAAAGCUUAUGGAGUUGGAACUAUAAAAAAAUUAAAAAGUAUUCAAUUUUGUAAAAAGAUGGACGAGAAAGAGAUGAGGAAGAAGGGGAAAAUUGAAGAAAUGAAAGUGGUAGGGGAAGAAAAUGGAGAGGGAAGAAAAAAGAAGAAGAGGAAGAAUAGAAAGAAGAAGAAGAAAAUGGAAGAGAAAAAUGAUGAAAGGAAGGAAGAAGAAAAUUGAGGAGAAAACUAGAAGAAGAAACUUGGAAGGAUUUUUUAACAAUGCAGGUUUGUUUUGUUUUUGGCUUUUCACUGGUGCUAGAGAAGAGGAAAAAAAGGUCAGUUUAAUUUUUAAAUAUCUUAAAAAAAUUUUGGGGAUAAAAUU